AUGAGUGAAUGUAUUAUUUUUUUUAUGUUUUAUGAUGAAUUGCUGGAUGGGGGUCCGUUAUUUUUAACCCUCGAUGUUUUGGUUUAUCGGUUUGAUAAAGUGUGCUUUUUAAGUAAAGAAGGAUAUGGCAAAAAUAAUUUGAAAGUUUUGAAAUAUAAUAAUUUACUGGAAAUUUUGUUAAUUUCAACAUUAAUGUCAAUAAAUGAAUUUUAA